AUGAAGCCGUCAAUGUUGCGUUUCGCGAUUGGAAUUCUAAUUGGACUGCAUAUAGGGUUUUGUAGAGGAGAAAACGUAUCAGUCUAUUACCGUGCAUCAGGAGUUAUUUUAAAUCACAACUUCACAAAAGAGUUUUUUACGGAAGACUGCGAACCGUGUCGAAUUCUUGCUGAUGACAUCAAAGCUGGGUUCUGGAAAAUGUUUGACUUUUUUGUCCAAUUAAACCUGUUUGGAGAUUCUAUGCUUUUAAACAAGACAUCUAAAGGCAUUUUCUUCAGACUUCCUUCACUUGGUGAGCCGGAUAUUAAUGCAACAGAGAAAGAAGUACUUCAACCAGACGAAAACAAAGAAGAAAGCGGGGUCUACUUCAUCAUAGUGAUAAAACUGGAUGUAAACAUGACGGACCCAUCCAAAGAUUUUCCUUUACUUAAAAAUCGAAUACAAAAUGCCUGUUGGCAGUACCUCAGAGUGGUAGUGCAUUUCCAACUGUAUCCCACAGUUUGGCUUAACAACACAGGUUUCGUUUUCGAGGAGCUCGGCGAAAACCAAGUGACGAACUAUCUGGAUAUGCUCAAGACGGGAUAUAAUUUUAAAUCGAAGAUACUUUUGCGAAAAAGCGAUGACAUCCCAGAGAGUCACCAGAAUGCGCUGUCAAUCAUUUCUUACGUUGGAUGUACUUUAUCUAUUUUGGGGCUGUUUUUCACGAUUUUAACCAUCACCCUCUCAAGGAAGCUUCGUCGCCUUCGCCAAAACCAAAUACUAGCGUAUUUGUGUGUGUCCCUCCUGGCCGCCAUAUUGCUGUUUACAUUUGGUAUCAACGGCAUGACAGGCUCAGACUCACUGGACGUUUGUAAAGCCAUAGCAGCCCUUCUUCAUUAUUUCCUACUCUCCUCUAUUGUCUGGAUGAGUAUCGAGGCAUACAACCUGUAUCAAGACCUGGUCAAAGUUUUUGACACCACAUUUAUUUCACAAAACGAGUUCAUGUGCAGGGCGGGAGUGGUGGGAUGGA